UGUUGGAAUGCGCGGAUGAAGCGCGCAAAUCUUUCCCCACAAACUAUUCGUGCGCCCAGACACUAUAGAAACUCGAGCAAAUAAAGAGUAUCCUCUGUAUGUACAAGAACCAGCCUAGACCCUUCAAAACAAAAACGUUUCAAAGAAGAAGAUAUUUUAGACAAGGAAAAACUUGACUGAAUAAACCCUUGUGUGCACUAUAAAGAAAAUAAAGAACUGUGAACUAAGUGCAUCAUGUUGCAAUCAAUAAACUCAGGUUUCACUCAUCAAAUAUCAUCUCACAGCUCAUCUCUAAUUCUUUUAAUAGGCCUGAUGGCUGUUUACUCUGCAGAAGCAAACGAUCAUCACCAUCUUGAGCGUCGAUGGGCUGAUAUGCCGAAUGUUACAUUUACUUUUGACUGCACAGACCGUCCAAUAGGGUUUUACGCAGACCUGGAGUUUGACUGUAUGAUAUUUCAUCUCUGUGAUGAAGAUGGAAGACGAAUCCCCUACAUGUGCGGAGAUGAAACCAGUUUCAACCAGAAAUACCGCGUCUGUGAUUGGAACUACAAUGUCGACUGCGCGGCAUCUCCUGAUUGGUAUUAUCUCAAUGAUCUGACAUACCGGGAAGAUCCACCGAAAACAGUGGAAGAUAAGGAGACAAUAUAAUCAGACUGAUUUUAUGCAAAAUAAAUCGAAAUAACCAAUUUAA